AUGUAUCGUAUUAAUUUUUUCAGAUCAUUUAAAAGUUUUUUAUCAUUACAUCAUUAUUAUAUAGUUGCUGAUAAUAAACCAAUUUUUCAAAGAUAUACUUUUUAUCGUCAUUUAUCAACACAAGAUAUGGUUAAUGAAAAUAGCAUUAAACGUAACCAGGCUCCAUGGAAAGUUCCUGAAAAUACUUCUAAGGAUGAAAAUCAACUUAAAUUAUUUAAUAGUUUAACUCGUAAGCCUGAAAUAUUUGUUCCUAAUGAUGGGAAUAUUGUUAAAUAUUACAUUUGUGGGCCAACAGUUUAUGAUCAUGCACAUAUGGGUCAUGCCAGAGCUUAUUUAUCAUUUGAUAUUGUUAGAAGAGUAUUGAUGAAACUCGGUUACAAUGUAUUAGCUGUUAUGAAUAUAACUGAUAUUGAUGAUAAAAUUAUUAAGAGAGCACGUCAAAGAUAUUUAUUUGAUAAAUAUGUUUCAGAAAAAAGAAGUUUUGAAGAAUUUAUGAAUGAUGUUGGUAAAUCAUUAGAAUUGUUAGAUGAAAAAAUUAAGGGAGAAGUUGAUGAAGAUAAACUAAACUUGUAUAAAACAACAUAUAAUUCUAUUAAAAAAUUUGUUGAUGAAAAUAAGACAGAAGACAAAAGAGAAGAUAUUACAAAUAUUUGUCAAGGAAUUUUAUCUGAUUUUGUUGAUGUAAAGUUUGGUUCCACUGUUACAGAUCAGGCAAUUUUUGAAAAAUUAUCAAGAGAAUUUGAAAAUGAAUUUAUGGAAGAUAUGAAAAUGUUAAAUGUUUUAGAACCAAAUGUUCUUACAAGAGUUAGUGAAUAUGUACCUGAAAUUAUUGCGUAUAUUGAAAAAAUUAUUGAUAAUGGAUAUGCUUAUGUAUCAAAAAGUGGAAGUGUUUAUUUUAAUACUAAAGUUUUUAAUGAUAAGGAACAUCAUCAUUAUGCUAAAUUAGUUCCUGAAGCUUAUGAUAUCACUGUUGAUGAUGAUACAUUCAAGGCUAAUAUGAAAGAAUCAGAGGGUGAAUUAUCAAUAUCUGCUGACAAUUUACAAGAGAAACUUAAUCCAACUGAUUUUGCACUUUGGAAAACAUCAAAACCUGGUGAACCAUUUUGGGAUAGUCCAUGGGGACAGGGACGUCCUGGAUGGCACAUUGAAUGUUCUGUUAUGUCUAAUGCAAUUUUUGGAGACAGUUUAGAUAUUCAUGCUGGUGGAUUAGAUCUUAAAUUUCCUCAUCAUGAUAAUGAAAUUGCACAAUGUGAAGCAUAUCAUGAUAAACCAAAUUGGGUUAACUACUUCCUUCAUUGUGGAACAUUAAAAAUUGCAGGAUGUAAAAUGUCUAAAAGUCUUAAAAAUUUUAUCACUAUUCGUGAUGCAUUAAAAAAAUAUACAGGAGUUCAAUUAAGAAUUUUAUUUUUAAUGCAUAAUUGGAAUGAUGUAUUGGAUUAUAGUGAUUCUUCAAUGGAACGAGCUUUACAAUUUGAAAAAUUUAUAGGAGAAUUUUUACUUUCAGUUAAAGAUAAAAUGCGUAAAAAUUAUAUUGGAAAAGAAUCUGGAACUGCAUUUAAAAAAUUAGAUGAAAAAAGUUUAAAACUUUUAAAUAAAUUUAUAGAAACAAAGUCAAAUGUUAGUAAAGCUUUAUGUGAUAAUAUUAAUACACAUUUAGUUGUUGAAACUAUUCGCCAAUUAGUUAAUACCUGCAAUACAUAUAUGAAUGAUUAUGAAAAAGAUGGUAAAAUUCCAAAUUGUGUUAUUUUAAAAGAUAUCUCUACAUUUAUUGUUGAAACAUUUGAUGUUUUUGGUGUUUCACUUAAUGGUAAAAGUUUCUUUACAUCAACAUCAAGUGGUGAUAGUAAUAUGACUUCAAAUGUUGAUAAAGAAGAAUUAAUUAUGCCAUACUUAGAGGUUCUUUCUGAAUUUAGAGAAGGUGUUCGAAAACAUGCAAGAACCUCAAAAAAUGUUGAUAUUCUUAAACUUUGUGAUGAUAUUCGUGAUACAGUACUUCCUGAAUUAGGAGUACGUCUAGAGGAUAAGUCAAAUGAAACUGUUGUUAAACUUGUUGACAAAGAAACAUUACGUAGAGAGUUAGAACAAAAAAGAGUUAUGGAAGAAAAUAAAAGACUUGAAAAAGAAAGAAAAGAAAAAGAACGUUUGGAGAAAGAAUCAGCCAAAAAAAUUAAUCCAAUUGAUAUGUUUAAAGUUGGAACAUAUGCUGGUAAAUAUUCACAGUAUGAUGAUAAAGGUAUUCCAACACACUCAAUUGAUGGUGAAGAAGUUAGCAAAGGUCAACGAAAAAAAUUAGAGAAAUUAUGGGAUAAUCAAAAGAAAAAAUUUGAUCAAGUUGUAGGAUAA